AUGGCGUCAUACGAUAUGGCCACCCUGCCCAUCGAGGACUUCCUCAACUACUCGCCCAGCCUGGCGCUUGCCAUCAUCGCCAUGACACUUUUCUUCCUGGGAGGAGUGGCGAUUGCGUGCAAGACGUGGCGGCGGCCAUACCGCUUCAUGCACACGAUGACCGCUGUCGCGUGCUUUGAGUCGGCUGGAUACGCUUGCCUUGUGUACGUUGUGAUCAUGCAAGUGUUUGUCAUCAUGGCCCCCAACAUCAUCCAAGCCACCCUCUACUUGAUGGUCGGCAUCGUGCUCAAGUUCUCUCCAGACCUCACCGCGGGCCGGCGCAUGCUCCAGCGCUGGCUCAUCACCACCCUCUUCUGCACCUCUGACGUGCUGGGCAUCACAAUCCAGGCCAUCGGCAUCUCCAUCUGGGCAUCCUCACAGUCCUCUACCGACCCCGAUGAGGAGCAGAGCCACAACGGAUCGGUCAUCACCCUGGCCGGCCUGUGCCUCCAGAUCUUCUUCUUCUUCUUCUUCACCAUCCUCACAAUCUGGACCCACCGACAUCAGAAGAUGGCGCCGCGGGGGAGGCGAGGCGCUGGCAAGCUGUUCCUGGGGAUUUUCCUCACCAUGGUCCUGCUGUACAUCCGGAACACCUUCCGCCUCAUUGAGUUUGCACAGAAUGCUAUCUUGAGCUGGCCACCCCCCGACGACGCCUAUGUGCUGUCCCACCAGCAGGUUCUGUUCUACACGCUCGACACGCUGCCCACCCUCAUGACGUUUGCGGUCCUGCUCUGGGCCCACCCAGGCUCGCUGCUGCCGCCGCCUGGGUCCGUCCUGGCCCCUGCCGGGGCACACAAUGUGGCAUACGAUCCUGAGGACCCCUGCGAGGGAAAAGAGGCGAGCAUGGCGGCGCGGGGCAGCGCCGGGUCGCUGCAGAGCGAGGCGUUCAAGGUGGCAGUGGCGUAA